AUGUGGCACAUUGAGAUGGAGAAGGGGCAAUUUGAGGAUGUCCGGAAGCAUCAUGAAGAGGAGGCAGAAGCUAGACAGAGGGGCCUUGAGGUACACUCAGCUCAGCAGCUUCAAAAGGAGAAAGAAGCCAUGGAGAAGUCAGAGAGGAACCGCCUGCUGAGGGCCCGGAAAUCUUUGCAUACACAAAAGGAGCUGGGGCUGAAACAUCAGAAGUUAGUGGAAGAUGCCCAGAGAAACCACAGAAUCGCAGUGAAGUUCCUGAAGGCCUCUCUGGGAAGAGUUCGUGAGCAAGAGCAGAAGGAAGAGAUGGAGUCCCGUAAGCACAUGCAACGGCGCAUGGAUGCUGUGCUGGCCCUGAAGAACAACAUCACUGCCAGUCGGGAAACACUAAAGAAGUUCCAAGCAUGGGGCCAAAACAAGGCAGAGCUGGCUAAGCAGAAGGCCCUUACAGAGAAAGAAGUCAUCCUGUCCCAAGGUGGAGAUGCUUUCAAGUACCUUUACCAUCAACGCAGGCACCAGGAACUGGAAGCCCAGAAGCGGGCUUUUGAAGAGGAGCAGAAACUCCGGAGGCAGGAGAUUGUAAGUAAGAUUUUGAAAGAGGAAGCUGAAGAAGAACAAAGGAAAAGGAGACAGCAUCCACCCUCUAAAUCCAUAGACCGAUGGACUCUGAGAGACAAGACCUGGAAGUACAUCUCCGACUUCUGUGAAGGGAAGACUGCUUUGACCAGCACUAAACAGCAGGACAUUGAGCUGGUAUUACACCCCAAGCCUUUGCAUGUACUGAAAGCCAUCUCCAGUGAGUCUGUGCAGGUGGAUCUGGGAACCCUCAAUACAGAGGACGAGGUACUGGCUGAACCAGAUAUCCCAGGGCUUUGGAGCAAAGAGUCAUACCAGUCACACCAGGUGCCCAAGGAGGACAUGGAACGAAAACCUGUGGGCGGAAGUAAGAUGGAAAAGGAUAUCCUGGCUCGGACUAUGGAGCAGCUUCGCAGUGGGGUGGUCCAAAAGCAGGUGGUAUCUGGGCGGGAGUUCAAGGGCCGCCCAUUCAACAGCAAGCCUGAGGUCAUCCACUUCAAGGACUUUGAUAUUGGCAAAGUGUACAAGAAGAAAAUCACAUUGAUAAAUGCUACUUACACAAUCAACUACUGCAAGCUGGUGGGUGUGGAAGAGAAACUGAAGGACUUCAUCCACAUUGACUUUGACCCCCCUGGUCCCAUGUCAGCUGGCAUGUCCUGUGAAGUCCUUGUCACCUUCAAACCUAUGCUGUCCCUUGACAAGGAGCUCAUUGAGUUUGGGAGCUAUGUAGUGGGUGAGACCACAUCCCGGAUCAUCACAUUGACCAACGUCGGGGGCCUGGGCACCAAAUUCAAGUUUCUCCUCGAUUCUGAGUUCUAUGAGAUGGAUGACUCCCAGCCUGCCGUGAAAAUAAGCAGCCUCUUCACCUGUGAGGACAAAAGUUUGUAUGAGAAGAUCAUUAACAGUCUCUCUGAGCAACAGCUUGAAGUCAAUGACUCCCCACCCCCAGUGGACCUCCUGAGCCAAAAAGAAUCCGAGAAGCAGCUGGAUGAAACAGAGGUUACUACAGCUGCAGUCAGUGCCAUGACCGUGAUUCCCAGUGAGGAGCAGGCAGAGAUCACACUGGGGGAGGUGACAGAGGGAGAAAUUGGUCCCUUCAGUUCUGUCAAAGUGCCCAUUACCUUCACCCCAGUUAUCCCAGGAGAGGUCCAUACUAAGUUCAAGGUCAUGUUUAAGAAUCCACAGAGUCCAACGCUAUAUUUCAGAGCCACCGGUACUGGCAUAGAUGUGCCAGUCUGGGUGCCAAAGUCCACGGUGGACCUGAAGAUCUGCAUGUAUGACCGACUCUACCAGGACUCCAUCACCGUCCACACAAGAUCAAAAGCAGCUCUGCGCCUAAAGUUUGAAGUCUGUAAGGAGCUGAGAGGCCACAUAGAGCUUCUGCCAGAAACGGGCUACAUCCAGGCCCAGUCCACCUACUCAGUACAGCUCAAGUUCCUGCCUCGACAAACCCUCCCAGAAGAUGCAAGGAAGUAUUUUGACCCCGCCAGUCGAGUCCUGGAGGCUCCAAUGACCAUCCGGGUAGCUGACCAGAUCAAACCAGUGAGAUUCACUGUCCAAGCCAUCGUUACCACCUCAGACUUGGAAAUCAACCCCUCAGAGAUAAACUUUGGCUACUGCACCAUCUAUGAGGCUAUCAGGACAGAAGUCCGCCUCAGCAACCUCUCACUGUUGCCCCAGGAGUUUGGGUUCGUUGGACUUCCCAAGUAUAUGGACAUCCAGCCCAAUGACGGGUUUGGGACAAUUUUGCCACUGGAAACGUUGCGACUCAAUCUGAUCUUCCAGCCCAUCAAGGCCAGGGAAUACAAAUUUGAUCUAGUCUGCAAAUCUGAGAUAAACCGGUGCUUCAAGGUGUCUUGCCAAGCAGUAGGUGUCCACCCACCCCUGGAGCUGUCCCACUACCAGAUCAAGUUCUCAGCCACAUCCCUGUAUGACACCUCUGUGUCCACACUGUAUGUGAUCAACUCCCACUUGAGCAUGAACAAGCUAACCCACUCCUUGCCUCGGAUUGGCUCAGAGGAAGCCAGCCCAGUGGGGCCAACAUCCUUCGAGUUCCUGCUGCCCCCUAACUCACCCAUCACCAUCUCCCCUUCUGUGGGGACUGUGUUACCCGGAAAGAGGUGUUUGGUCCAGGUGGCCUUCCAGCCUGUACUGCCACAGGAGAGAAUCUUUGAGGAAGCCAUUCAGAUCAUGAACAAGGAAUUAGAGAGCAAGACUGUGCGUGAGUUCCAGAAGGAAACAGUGCAAAGGAAAGAACUGUGGAAACAGUCCUUGUCCGUGUUCCGGGUUCACAACCGGGAGCGACCAACCCGGGUCUCCACCACCCAAGCUACAGAGAUGCAGAGGCCAGUGGUCAGUGCCAGUUCCACUGAGUACCAAGCUGCACAAGCCACCUUGUCCAAAUCCUUCCAGGGGAAGUUUGAGAGGUUUGUGAUCCCCUGUGUUGUUGCCAGUGGUGACAUCAAAGACAGGAAGACAUCGGAAUCUCUGAGCUUCAGCCCCCACAAUACUCUGUAUCUGGAACUGUGGUGUCCAGCGGUGGCUCCGUUUAUUGUGGUGACAUCCCACAAAGGCAAGACUGUCUUUAACUUCGGAGAUAUUGCUGUGGGGCAUCGAAGCAUAAAGAAGAUCACCCUCCAGAACAUUUGCAAUGAGGACCUUACUUUGGAGUACUCAGUGUUGAACCCCAACGGCCCCUUCGUUCGGCUAAACCCUUUCAACAAGCUAUGCUCCGGCGAGACACAGACCCUGGUGCUGUCCUUCUCACCCCACGAGAACAUGCUGGCUCAGGAAACUCUGGAGAUCAUCACCAAGAGAGGCACUCUCAGUCUCACCCUCCUGGGCAUGGGCGUGGCAUCCAUGAUUACAUGCUCCAUUGACGGCAACGUCCUCAACAUGGGCUAUGUGCUCGCCAGAGAAUCUGUCUCAACAAACUUUAAGCUACAGAACGAAUCCUCGCUUCCCAUUAAGUUCUGGGUGCGCCUGGAGAGCCUCUCCAAAAAAAAGGUUGAGGCCUACCAGCAGCUGCCAAAGUUCCUUACCUCCCAGGAGCAGAGGACAGAAAUAGUCGGCACACAGAACUAUAACGGCCAGAGCGUAUUCAGUAUUGUCCCAGUUGAGGGCCUCAUGUUCCCUGGGAAGGCUCAAGAGUUUACCGUCACCUUCAGUCCGGACCAUGAGAGCCUCUACUUCUCUGACCUGCUCCAAGUGGUGCUCUUUGAAAAGAAAGUCUCCCACCAGAUCCUCCUGAAGGGCGCUGCCCGCGAGCACAUGAUGUUUGUGGAGGGAGGAGACCCACUGGAUGUACCUGUAGAGUCCCUCGCAGUGAUCACUGCCUUUGACCCAGAGCAUAAAGAAGAAGCUGAGGAGAUAAAGCCCAUCUUGGUGACCUUCAACUAUGUCCAGUUUGACACAGACACAACCACCUCACCUGCCACCCGAGAGCUGCAAGUGGGCUGUAUCCGGACCACUCAGCCAUCACCGAGGAAGGUGAUCACAGCCGUAGCUCGAGUUAAACCCCAGAAGGAGGCCGGGGACUCCCUGACUUCUGCCUGGCCUUGUACCUCACUGGCCUUUAUCAAUGCCUCACAGACCGUGGAGUUCAUCCUGGACGGUGUAUCAUGGCUUCAGCACAAGGGCUUCUCCAUCGAGCCCUCCAGGGGUUCCGUGGAGCGCGGCCAGACUAAGACCAUCAACAUCUCGUGGGUACCAGCUGCUGACUUUGAUCCAGACCACCCACUCAUGGUGUCAACCCUGCUGCAGCUCCGGGGAGACGUAAAGGAAACCUACAAAGUCAUCUUUGUAGCCCACGUGGUCACAGGGUUUUGA